AUGGCCACAUCCAAGCCGGCGUCCCAAGAUGACCACCGGCAACAUGGGGUCCGUAAAAUCGGCGAUGGUAUCCCGGGCUUUCGGACCUCAUUCGGCGCGUCGGGCAAGGGUGGCGGUGCUUUCCGCCCCAUCGGUGACAACUUCACCGUAAACCCGGCCAACGGCACCCUCUAUCUUGCGAUUCCCAUCCCAACCUCACCCACCCGAGGCGGGUUUUGCCCGAAGCUGAAGCUUGCUUAUGAUUCCGGCUCGGGCAAUGGGCCGUGGGGUUUCGGUUGGAGCUUGGGUUUUCCUUCUAUCCGCCGCAAGACCGCUCGCGGUAUCCCGCGGUAUUUCGACAGCCACGACGAGGACGACGACGACCUUGUCCUCCUCAACGAUGACAUCGUGCCUUGUGUCAAGAGUGACGGGAAACUCGAUGUGAGGACCGAUGUGGCGAGUGACUGGACCGUCGUUCGGUACCGCCAUAGAAUCGAGACACAAUCCCUGCGCAUCGAGAAGUGGAUCAGCAUCGCGAGAGGCACCGAAGACAUGCAUUGGCGAACCAUCACCGCGGACAAUGUCACGAGCCUGUAUGGAUAUGACGACUCUUGCCGCAUUUUCGACAGCUCUGGGGGCGGGAAGCGCAUUGUCUCGUGGUUGCUCGGCCGGUCCUACGACCCCUGGGGAAACGCGAUGGAGUACAGCUACAAGCAAGAGGACGGCGUGGGGCUAGUCGGCCCCGGACAGAUCCCACCCCUGUGGGAGGCAAACCGCUCGGAGGAGUCCAGGUGCCGGCAGAAGUAUCUCAAGCGCAUUCGCUACGGUAACCGAGUCCCCAACAGGGAUCUCGGAACUUGGGAAGCCUCGUCUUCCUGGCCCACUGACUGGAUGUUCGAGGUCGUUUUUGACUACGGCGAGCACGGCGCGGAUGGACCAUCAACCACAGAGUAUCGUCCAUGGGAGGUUAGGCAGGAUCCAUUUUCAGUCGGCAACAUCGGUUUCGAGCUGCGCACCUAUCGCCUAUGCCAUCGCGUUCUCAUGUUUCACCACUUUCCAAACUCGGAAAAGCUUCCCGAGACCCUUGUCGGCUCAACAUCCUUUACGUACGACCAGUCUCCCCGGGGGUCCUUUCUUUCCGGGCUCGUUGUUACCGGUCACGGCAUGGAAGACGAUGAACACGCGAGCGAGUCUCUACCCCCCUGGUCAUUCCAGUACAGCACUACCCCCGACCCCUCUGAAGUCGGAGCGCUCGGAGCCGAGGUAGCCAACUUGGUGGAUAUCAUGCCCAGGGCUGGCGCGUCGCCAUCAGCUGAAUGGAUUGACCUUGACGGAGAGGGCAUCCCCGGUUUGCUGACUCGUCUGCGGGACGGAACGAUGCUGUACCAGCGCAAUGGGGGUGCUGGAUCGUCGCCAGAUGGCGGGUUGCAACUCGGCGCCCCAAGACUGCUUGACCAACAGCCGUCACUCGGCCGCGGUGGGCUGGGAGAGUUCCGAGACCUCGACAAGACCGGCCGGCUUGACCUCGUCAGCCUUGACCCGCAUGACCGUCAGCCCCGGGGAUUCUACGAGCGAGACACAUCUGACACUUGGAGCGAGUACUCGGACAUGACUGACCUAUCCGUCACGGACCCCGAUUUGGAGAGGAGUGUCAUGAAGAUUGAUGUCACUGGCGAUGGGACGACUGACCUGUUGUGUGGAGAGGGAGACGGCCGUGACGUGAUCUGGCGGCAGUCCCUUGGAAAGAAGGGGAUGUCCGGGUAUCGCAGCACCCCAAGUCGCAGCUCGAGCUGUUGCAACAGUAACCGCCUUCCACGCCUUGCACAAAACCCCAAAAUCACUCCCCACGCCCAGGCCUUUGCCGCGGAUAUGACAGGGGACGGCCUUGCCGAUGUUGUCGAGGUCUCGGCUAACAAAAUCACAUACUGGCCCAAUCAUGGCCACGGGCACUUUGGCGACGCAGUCGAGAUGGGUAAUUCACCAAGCCUGGAAGACGGCGAGGGCGGUAGUUUUACGAUAGAGCGUAUACGGCUCGUCGACGUCGACGGGAGCGGCACCACUGAUCUUAUCCAUCUCCUCCCCGCUGGCGGAGCCCACCUCUACUACAACCAAGCUGGCAACUCAUGGAGUAACCCGGUCUUCAUAGAAGACGUGCCCAAGAUUGUGUCGCCCUCGUCCGUCUUCACCUUGGAUAUCCUGGGUCAGGGCACCGCGUGCCUCUGUUGGGUUGACACUUCCAACUCGUCGGGCUCGACCCAAGUCCGGUAUCUGGACCUCAUGGGCGGCGUGAAGCCACACCUUCUGUGUCAAUACGAAAACGGUCUGGGCGCAGUGCGGGAGGUGAACUACGCUCCCUCCACCAAAUAUCGUCUGGAUGAUGAGGCGCGGGGCCAGCCAUGGACCAGGACGCUCCCCUUCCCUGUGCACUGCGUAUCCCGCGUUCACGCCAUGGAUUACAUCACCGCAAAUUCCAUGACCACGGACUAUGUCUACCACGAUGGGUACUACGACCCAGUGGAGAAACACUUCGCCGGGUUUGAGAUGGUGGAGGAGUGGGUGCGGGAGACGACCACGCUGGGGGAGGGGGAAACGUACCAGUCUCCAGAGACGCGCACCGCAAAGUCAUGGUUCAGCGUGGGGGAUGGAUUGAGCGUGGACCAGAGUCGUUUUUUGUCUCCGCCCCUGGUGUCCUCGGCCGUCCAGCAGCCGGCUGGCGAGGACCCGGCCCAAGCCCACCGGGCGCUUAGGGGAAACAGGAUUCGGGUUGAGAUCCUUGGUCGCGAUGGGACCGAGAAAGCCGACAAGCCUUACACAGUCGAAGAGUUCACAUAUGACAUUGUGCAGCUCCAACCACGUUCCACCACCGCCAAGUUCCCUGUGUAUCGAGUCUCAACUCGCUCAACCACCCACUCGCAGUACGACCGGCACGCCGAUGAUCCGCGUGUGAGCCACAAGGUGGUGAUUCGGUCGAAUGCCUGGGGCGAUCCGGAAGCAUCCCUGGACGUCGUGUACCCGCGCGCUACCAAGCACGCGGUUAUCGCCGCUGGGGAGUUUGAGGACAUCAAGCUGGACCAACUUGCAGGGAGCAUGUUGCUGACCAACAUCACGUACACAAACGUGGUCGACGAAGCGCAUUGCUUCCGCAAACCAGUGGUCUGGCAGAGCUUGGAUUACGAAGUCCGGAAAUUCCAAUUUCGUGGCGUGAUCGACGUCGACAAGAUCCGCCAGCUUGACUUUGGCGCCCUGCCGGAGGAGGAAGGCAGCUCUGGUCCUUGGAAGGCCCUCAGGUCCGGCGAGAGAAGCUUUUUCAGCAGAUCAGACCUCUCCAGCCACCUGCCCGGCGGUGAACUCCAACCCUACUCAAUCCUUGAGCAAUCCUUCACUCUCGCUUUCACGCCAGCGAUUUUGUCGGAGGUACAACGAGGGCUUCGGACCAAUGGUGUAUCAAACUUCUUCGAUGACAAUGAAAUCUUGUCGGAGGGUGGUUUCAUCGACCUCGAUGGAGAUGGCAACUGGUGGGCGCCAUCAGACACAGCUAGCUUCGAGGCAACACCAGGAAGUAGCGUGCUUGAGACGGCUAGGAAAGCAUUUUACACGCCAACCGUGUUCACUGAUGUUUUCGGUAACCAGACAUUCCUUGAAUUGGAUGCCGACUCCUUGCUGGCUGGUAGCACCACGGACGCCGUUGGGCAGCGCGUGUCGUUCCGAAACGACUAUCGCCGCCUCCAACCUCUGGAGAUCACAGACGCAAAUCUCAACGCUCAGCGUGUCUCCGUUGAUCCACUUGGUCACACAACUGCGGUGGCAGUCCUCGGCAAGGGGUCAGACCCGGCUGGGGACAGCCUGGAAGGAGAGAUUGCUGCUAGAGCCGGUGAUGUGGUCUCUGCCCUUGAUCACUACUCUCAUGAUAUCGGCAAGCAGAUCCUAGGAAAUGCCGGGAGCCGGGUUUUCCUUUGCUUGGACCGCUUCGUGCAAUGGAAGUCUCAGCAGGCACGCCACCAGCCCGAAACCACGGGGACCAUCCCACCCGCCUGCAUCGUGGAGAUAUCUCGCGAUGCCUCGUUCCGGAAGUCCGAUAAUCCCACCAUUCGAGUCGCGGUUACAUACCUUGGUGGCACCGGACAAGUGAUCCAGAAGGUGAGCCUCGCCGACUCCAAAGACACAGCAAAGAGUUGGCUGGUACAGGACCUUUCGGCGACGAGCAUGUCCGGGCAGAAGCUGCGCACCUUCCAGCCGUUCUUCGUCAGCUCGCCAUCCUUCAUCUCUCCGAAGCGCCUGGUGGCGGCAAAUGCAACAACCAGCUUCUAUGACCCCCUUGGUCGCAACGUUGGCCACCUCUAUCCAGAUCACACUUGGUCGAAGACGGUCAUCACGCCAUGGGCGGUUGCCGAACACGACGUCGGCAGCACGGUUCUUUGCGCCGACCCUCAGGAUGAUUUGGAUAUUGGUCUUUACUUCUCCCGGAUCAAGUCUUCCCGGUUCCUUCCUAGCUGGCACGAGACUGCCAAGAAGAACGGUGAUGCAUCGACACAGCUGGCUGCAACUAAGUCUGAGGUCUAUCAGGAUAGCCCGACUGUCACGCACUAUGGCCCCCAUGGUCUCGCCAUUCGCUGGGUGCUCCAGACUGAAGCUGGGACGCAUACUAGGGGUUUCAGUUACGACCACUCAGGAAACAAGAUUCGCGAGACCGACGACCUUGGGCGUGUCGUUGAAACCAAAGUUUACGACCUCCGUGGUCAUUCGAUUUGCUCCUCUGGGAUGGACACCGGAGAGUCCUGGGAGUUGCGCGACGUAGAUGGAAAAGACCUUGUCUCGUGGAACAGUCGGGGUAUCGGCUCUCGACGCACGUAUGAUGCGCUCCGUCGAGAGGUUCAGCGGUGGACCUACGGCGACGGCGCCGGUGAGGCCAAACUUUCGGUUGAGAUGAUCUACGGCGAGGCCUGCACGGUGGCAACGGAGCACAACCUCAAAGGCAAAGUCUGGAAAGUCAAAGACCAGUCAGGUCUCCACGAGAACGCGUCUUUUGACAUUCGCGGCCGCUGUACGAGGCGGAAUUUUCAGCCUGCCGACCAUUACAAGGGCGAGGUUAAUUGGCAGGCUGGCCCCCCGUUGAUGGAUACUGUGUUUUCUGAUGAGGCAGUGUUCGAUAACUUCGGCCAGCUGCUUGAGGAGCGAGAUGCACAGGGAAACAAAAUCCACAAGGUCUUUUCACCACUCGGCCAUGUUCAGCAAAUUGGCUUCCACCGGGAAGGCGGCCAGGACUCUAACGCCAUACCCAUCCACAGCGCCACUUUCACUGCCGACGGAUUACCCCUAUUGACCCAUAGUGGGAAUGCGGUCGAGACACAGUACAUGUACGAUGAAACGUCUCGCAGGCUCCUUUCCCGGAAAACGGUCCGCGGCACUGGAAAGCAGGUGGAAACUCUCGAGGACCUCUCUUUUGCGCAUGAUUGCUGUGGUCGCCUGGUCCACGCUGUGGACGCCUCCAAACAGGAGAUUGUCGUUGGUGCCAGCCAGACCAAACCCGAGUGGGGGUACUCCUACGACGCUGUCGGCCAGCUCGUUGAGGCGACAGGGAGGGCUCAAGCCCCAACCUCUCCCAGCACGCAACUACGAGCGCACAGCGCCGAGACGCGGGAGGAACGACCGUCCACAGACGCGAAUCGUCUGUACACCUACCGCGAGUCGUACACGUACGAUUUGGCAGGCAACAUCACUCAGAUUACUCACACUCCGGUGGACGACGAGUCGCUGUCGGGCUGGACAAGAGACUACCUCUACCAGGAGCAGAGCCUCCUCAGCAGCGACGGAAUGGCCAAGAGCAACCGCCUCAGCGGCACAGUCGUACACCCGGCACGCAAGCAAGACCCCACCACCCCUGACAACAACGACAACGACAACAACAAACCGCAACCAGACAACCCCCAACAAGAACAAGAAACAUACGCCUACACCCCCACCACCGCCGGCCGCAUCGGGCACAUGACCUCGCUGCCCCCCUCCGCCGCCGAACUGGCCUGGGACCCGCGCAGCCUGCUCGCCAUGUCACGCACCCCCACUACCACCACCACCACCACCACCACAACCGCCAUCACAAACACCACCACCACCGCGGCGACGGUGGCGGGCCCCGAGACGACGUACUACGUCUACGACCACACCGGCCGGCGCGUGCGCAAGGUGACUGAGGACGUGGCCGCCGGCCGGCGGGUGCGGGAGACGUUCUGGUUGGGGGGUGUGGAGAUUUGUGUGGAGUGUGGUGAUGAUCGGGCGGUGGGGACGGGGAGGGGUGUGCGGCGGUGGACUGCUGAGGUUGAUGGUCUGGCGUAUAUGGAGACUGUUGAGGGGGCUGGUGAUGGGGUGGCGGUGCGGUAUCGGGUUGGGGAUGGGAUGGAGGUGGACGAGAAGGGGCGGGUGGUUUCGCGCGAGGAGUAUUCGCCGUUUGGCGCCGUGGCGGCGCGGUGGCGUGGGGAGGAGGGUGAUGAGCGGGGUGGGGAGGGAGAGGGUGCGGGACGGCGACAGAUGUGUGGCGGUUUUGGUGCGCAGUACCGGUGGGAUGGUGAGACGGGUUUGUAUUAUUCGUGCCGGACGGGGCGGUACUACAGCCCUUGGUUGGGCCGCUGGACGGGCCCUGACCGUCGCGGUGGUGCCGAUGGGUCAGCGAACCCGUACCAGUACGUGCUCAACGAUCCUGUGAACUCGGCCGCGCUGGAAAGUGCAUGAGUGCCCGGGUGGGGUAGGGGUGGAAGAAGGAAUUGGACAACUCAGGACGGGGGAUGGAUUGGUGUGCAGGACGUCUGGCGGAUUACGAGUCUGUUUGGGUGCUUGGGAUCCUACUUCCCCGUGUUCACUGAACGGGGAGGAAGGCCGCCGCUACGGGGGGAACUGGAGGGGAUACACAUGCAUAGCAAGUUAGUACAACCUCGCUCAUUCCCCUUGGACAGCAUGUGGCGCGAUCUGAGCUACUGUUUCUUUGCCGGAAUGAUGGCCAGCCCGGUAAUUUACAUCUCCGGAGUAAGGGUCUCCCGUUGCCACCACACGUGUUUACCCCAGGUAGUAACGCGACCUUAACCUGU